UCAUUUCCUCGGUUCCUUCCGGUUCUGCAAUUAAGGUUCAGUUAUUUUAUUAUUAUUUUUUUUUUUAGAUAUUUUAGUUCUUUCAGUUCUAAAAUUAAUAAAGGCAUGUUUUUUUAUUUUUUAUUUAUUUUUUUUUAUUUCGUUUUUAUCUUAUAUUUCGUUUCUUACUAA